GAGAGAGCGCGUAUCAAGAGACUAGUGUCGUCUUUGAAAAUAAACAAAUUUAAAUGCUGUCGGGUGUCCAAACAAAUUCUAUUUUUUUUAAAUUGGGUCAUGGUAUUGGGUGUUCAGAAAUAAUUUCUGGGUGUUCAUUGUAAGGCCCAGCCCAUGAACUCUUUGGAAGCCAAUGACAAGCACCUGCACACUGCACACUUCGUAAACAAUAAAAAAAAAAAAAAAAAUUGAAAAAUAAAAAGACCCUCUCUGAAAAUGAAAGCGUUAACCCAAAAACCCCAAAUUUGAAAAACCUCGGUGACACUGUUACAGAAGAGAGCAGGGAAAAGAGAGAAGAGGGAAAACAAUGUCGGGCUUCCCAUUCGGAUCCUCCUCCGCUGCUUCUUCUCAGUCCACUACGCCUUUCUCAUUCACCAACCCUCCUGCCUCUUUCCCCGCCACCUCAAUCGGUUUCUCACUUGGGUCCUCCGCUUCCCCAUUCGGAUCCACUACCGCACAGGCCGCCACCUCCACCUCUGGGUUCUCGUUCGGAUCCUCCUUCAGUGCCUCCAUUUCCUCCUCCUCAUCUCCCUUCCGUUUCUCCCUCGACACCGCCUCCUCCCCCUCCGCCCCCUCCGCCCCCUCCGCCCCCUCCGCCCCUGCUUUUGGGUCCUCUAACCCUAGCUCCGCCCGGGCCCCUUCUUUCGGAUCCGGAGCCUCCACCGCCACCACAGCCUCCUCUGCUGCCGCCCCUUCUUUUGGAUUCGGGUUCUCAGCAGCAAUCUCGGCUCCAUCAUCCCUGUUUGGCUCCUCGGCUUCAACUCCGCUGUUUGGUUCAUCUCCAUCCCAACCCCUGUUUGGCUCAUCCUCAUCGGCGCCCGCGCCCGCUCCCGCUUCCGCGCCCGCGCCCGUUUCCGCUUCCGCUUCUACUUUAUUCGGAGCACCGUCGUCCACCGCUUCGUCCUUGUUCGGAGCAACUGUAUCGGCAGCCAGUUCACCUCUGAUUGGCUCCGCUUCCGCUUCUGCUUCAUCUCUGUUUAGCUCAACUUCCUUCACACACAGCGCACCCUCUUCCCUGUUUGGCUCAUCUUCCACAGUUUCUUCAACACCCUUGUUCAGCUCUGCUUUGUCGUCUUCAGCUUCAACCACAUCCUCAUUCCCAAGCUUCACGAGUUCCUCUUCAGCUUUCUCUUUCCCAACAGCCUCACCUCUUUCAAAGCCACCAACAACCUCCACACCCACCAGUGUUACUUCAUCAGCAACGGCUUCAACCGCUCCAAGCUUCUCGUUCGCACCACCCACUUCCUCUGCUUCACAACCGUCUUUCGGAUUCUCCAAUGCCGCCUUAUCAGCUGCCCCCAUUUCCACCGCAAAACCCACCUCGCAGUCCUUCUCAACUCCUUCUGCUCCCUUGUUUUCGACAGUCACCACCACAAGCGCUUCUUCGACUCCAGCUGCUAGCACUACAACCCAAGCCUCUUUCUCUAUGCCGAGUUUCGGUGCGACUCCUUCUACUUCUGCAGUUUCGAGUACAGUUGCAACCGCUUCAAUAGCAGCGCCUGCCAGCUCAGCUGCGCCUUCCAGCACAGCAGGUUUGUUUACAGGGUUUGGAGUGUCCUCCGCAGCUGCCUCUUUAGGGACUACUGCCGCUGCUUCUUAUACUGGCUUUUCCUCGCUGACAAAAGGGUCGACGCCUGCUUCCUCAUCACAAGCGCAACCUAGCACCACUUUGCCUGCAUUUGGUGCCACUACUUCGGCACCUGUAGCUGCAGCGACAACCAGUACAAGUACCGCUGCAAUUCAGACAUCAACAUCACUUAUUGUGGCUUCCACUAGUGGGACAACUUCAACUGUCAGCACUACAGUAUCUACUGCACCAAAAUUACCUUCUGAGAUCACAGGGAAGACUGUGGAGGAGAUCAUCAAGGAGUGGAAUGCUGAGCUCCAAGAACGUACUGGAAAAUUCCGAAAGCAGGCCAAUGCAAUAGCAGACUGGGACAAGAGGAUUUUGCAGAACCGUGAUGUUCUUCUUAGGCUCGAGAUUGAAGUGGCAAAAGUGGUUGAAACCCAAGCUAACUUGGAGCGGCAGCUAGAGUUAAUCGAGACUCAUCAGCAAGAGGUUGAUAAGGCUUUGCAAAGCAUGGAAGAAGAAGCUGAGCGUAUAUACAAGGACGAGCGUGGAUUGAUUCUUGAUGAUGAAGCUGCAUCGACAAGAGAUGCGAUGUAUGAGCAAGCUGAGUUUAUAGAGAGAGAACUGGAGCAGGUGACAGAACAGAUCAAAUCAAUUAUUCAGACCCUAAAUGCCAACCAGGGAGGAGAACUUGAUACAAAUGAUGGGAUGGCUCCAUUAGAUGUGGUUGUACGAAUCUUAAACAAUCAGCUCAGUUCUUUAAUGUGGAUUGAUGAAAAGGCUGAAGAGUUCUCUUCGCGAAUUCAGAAGCUUGCCAAUCAAGGUCCUGCUGCAGAUCGUGAAUUAAUGAGUCCAAAAUACUGGAUGUCCUGAUCUUUAGAAGUGUAAACUACCUUUAUUUUCCUCCAAGAUCAGGUUCUAACUGUUUGAGAUUGAUAUAUGCCAAAUAUUCUUUGUAAUCACCAUUGCGGUGCAUAAAUGUUGAUCUUCCUGGAUAAGAUGAUUAUAUCAUAUAUUCAAAUCUCUAUUAACAGUUUGUGAAUGUUUACUUGACCUCCUUAAUGAUUUUGCUCUUUUGU